AUGCAGCCUUUCCUCCUUGUAUCUACAUUUUUCUUCUUUUGGGACCCAGUGCUGGCAGGUUUGAAUCCAUUCUCAUCAGAAAUUCACAAGAAAUGCUAUAAAAAUGGUACCUGCAGAAUGGAGUGCUAUGGAACUGAGCUAUUAGUUGCCUAUUGUAUGUUCCAGCUGGAGUGCUGCGUCAAAGGAGACCCUGGGCCCUGA